GGUGUCGCCCACAAACCUUGUGGCAUAAGUUAGUGUGAUGCUAAUCCGCCACUUGAUACCUCCUUUCAAGCCGACGGUCAAGAUACCUGUCUCCAAGACUCUCCUAGCUCUACGGACGCUCAAUAAAUAGCGACAUUUGUACGCGGGUCCACACCCAGCACCUCAACCUUACGAUAUGGCGAUCAACUUCGAAAUUUUCAUGGGUCCUCUCCUUAUCCUGGUGUGCAUCGCGCUAAUAUUGUUUGGCGUAUUUUGUGCUCAGGUCUACUCAUACUGGACGACAUACGAGCACGAUCCCCUCAACAUCAAGCUGCUGGUGUUAGCUUUGAGUGUGCUUGAAUUCACUCAUAGCGCCCUAUGCCUGCACAUCCUGUUUGAAUACUUCAUUUCGGAUAUCGGUAAUCCUGCUGCCCUCGGCGGGAUUGUAUGGUGCGUCCAGGUCACAGUCUUCAUUGAGAUAUUUAUCGUCACAUUGUCCCAAGGGUUUUCUAUCGUGAGAAUCUGGCAAUUGAGCGAAAGAAAUGUCUAUGCUACUGCAACAGCAGUAGUACUGCUAUUUUUCCGUGUUGCCUUUGGUUUCGGUACGUUUUUCCUUUCAUGGGAGGGCGUACGACAACCUGAUAUUCACGCUGCUCCAAACUUGGACACAACAGCAACUGGAACACUGCUCUACGUUUAUCGCACUUGGGACGAGUUCCAUUCCCACUUGGGAUCGUUUGCAACCUUCAAUUGCGGCCUGGCUUUGGCAGCAGUCGUCGAUUUGGUAACCACGGUCCUGCUCACGUAUUAUUUACGUCGCAAUAGGCCCGCCUUCAGACGAUCGAGAUUCGUUAUCCAGAAGCUGAUUUUUUACACCGUCAACACUGGUGCCCUCACAAUGUUAUUCUCCGUAACCACUUUAUUCUUGUUCCGCUUUCUCGGGACUAGUCUCAUGUUUGGCGGUAUGGUGGAGAUUAUCAGCAAGCUCUAUGCAAAUUCCACCCUUGCACUCCUGAAUGCGAGACAACGCAUCAAGAAUCAAGCGGCGGCGGACACAUCGGGUAUCAAUUCAAUCCCUCUCGAACUCCGCGGUGGAAGCAGCAGCGGCACCUCACAAAUUCAAAUCACGCAUCCAACCAGAGUGAAAGUUGACAUAUUCAGAGAAGUGUCGACCUCCGCUGGAGAUCCCGGCAUGUCUACGCCGCGCGAGAACGGUCUGGAUACGAAGGGCGCCUAUGAAAUGGCAUAAUGUAGAGCGCCAUAGGAAAGAACGUAUGAAAGCGACGCACGCCCGAAAUGGCUAUCCGAGCGAGUGGGUUUGGUUCUAUGUUUGCCUCGGACACUAUGCAGUGUUACUUCCUAGGUAGUCUUUCACAGGUUCGUUUUCGGCGUAUAGGUGGCAGCGAUGAAAUGGCCGCCUCUCUCCACUACAAAACGAUGUAUACCUCAACCAUGAGCCUCACGUCCUGAGUAGUUGCAGAAUUCUAUGCUUUAUGAUGACUUAUAGAACCCACCGAAUCGAAC